CAGCCUGGGCGUGGAAUUGGAAGCUCCACGAUGCUCUCUCUCCAGCACUGACAUGGCGAGAGCUCUUCAGUUAGCGGCCAGCACUGGUGGGGGAGUGACGGUCCUUCUCUGCUCCCCGUCUCUCGAGAGCGUGCACGUGUGUGGGUGAGCGAGACGACCCGCAAGCAACAGGGUCGUUUCUCUCUCUUUACUUAGUUUACUCAAUGACGUGAUUAUUAUUCUGCUCAGUGAGACCUUUUGGUGCGUGCGUGUCUCUGAAGAAGUCUUCGUCUGUUUUGAUUAGAAAAAAAAAAAAAAAACGAAAGAGAAUAAAAAAAGGAAAAAGACCUGGACAUAAGCAACGCAAAAGACCCGGACACCCAUGGACUGGCCGUGAGAGACAAGGUAAAAAAAAAGAGAGAGAAAGAAAGAAAGAGAGAGAGAGAAAAAAGAAAAAAAACGAAGAAAUAAUGCAAAACGAAGAGAGAGAGAAUAGAUAUGCAGAAAAAGGUGAUGAUAAAAAGGAAGAAAAGGUGAUGAGGAAGGAAUAAUAAUGAUAAUAAUAAUAAAAAAAUACCCUGCCUACAUGUUUUGAUAAGGGAAUAUGUUCUCAGGUAAUUCUAAAUCAAGACGUUGUGUUGCUAUUUUAGAUUUUGAAGGAAGCGAGCAAGGACUGAAAUAAACUCGUGCUCGUGAUGCUUUGAGAAGAUCUGUGCAAGUGUAUUUCUGUCAAAUAUUAACUUUGAGAGUGAUUAUGUAAUAUGCUGUUUCAGUAAAUAAGUGUAGAAAUCAAGUGUAUUCAAUAAUCUAAGUGCAUUACACUAAGUAUUAAUAUAGUGCUGUGUUAUAAAUUGUUUCGAUUUACGAAGGUUUCUGAAAGUGAUAAUAAUACUAAAAGCUGUGUAUAUUCCACUGAAGAUUUACUAAGACUGAAGUGAUGCUUAGAUAAGGAAGUAGAUAAGUAAAUAAAUGAUAAUGAAAUACCAUAAGAUUAAAGUGUAUUCCGAGCUUAUUAUGUAUACUGUAGUUUCAUAAUCCAAGCGAAUUGGACAUUCUAAAUGUAAAAGUGCGAAAUCAAAGUUUCCUUUCGAUUGUUUUCAAGUUUCCUUUUCAUAUCAAAGGAUUCGGUGCCAUUUGAGAAAUCCACGACCUCCGGACAUGCGCCUUACGUUCCCGCGGUGAACGCCAACCUACCUCGCAUUCCCGUUCACCAGCCAUUCCCCCUUGUGACCCCCCACACACGCCGGCCGAGCCCCAGGACAGCAUGCGCGGCAGAUGACCAACGGCGGAAGGUUGCGCUCGCUCCAGGACACAUACGAUGAUGAUGAUGACGAUGACGAGGAGGAUGACAAGGAUGAAGAUGAGGGCCGCGACGUUGCUGGCCUUUUUGCUCUACUCGGCCGCCACGUGCCAGGCCUGGAAGCCCCGGGAGGAGAAGCUGAUCGCCCUGGAUUCGCUCCGCCCACGAGUCCACGCGGAGUAUCGACUGCUGCGCCCUCCAGACGAUUGGGGCAAUCAUGACUCCGUGAUUAGUGAGGAGGUCACGGAUAUUGGAGGUGAGGCCUCGGGGGAGCGGCGGCGGAAAGGACCUGAUCUGCCGGCGACCGCCUCAUCGAUGAGGGGGCGCCGCCGGGAGGAGAUGAAAGGGAGCUCCGGCGAACCCAAAAAGAGCAAGGAGCUCCUGCCCUUCGAGUACGUCCUGGCGGCCACGUACGAGAUCCACUCGCCCGAGGAAGGCUCGGCGAAAGCCAACGAGACGUCGGCCGCCGGCAAGGACGCGGGGCGAGCUCGUUCGGAAGCGGGCGAAAACGACCUAUCAGGAGGUAAUUGGCCGUCGAGUAGUCGGGGCGAGAAGGAGGAGGAGAAGGGAGAGCGAUACGAAAAGCCACAUUCUGGGAAAAGACGAAGGAGCGCGAAAAGGCCAAUCGCCGAAGGGAAAAUCGAAGACAUUUUCAGUAUGGACUUCACCCUCGGUUCAGGCGAGGUGUCGGUCCCCUGCUGGUGGCUGCCUGAGGAGGGAGACCACACAGCGGCGACCUUCCUGACGGCGACGCUGCUGGACGCAGACGUCUUCGAGAACCCAGAGAGCCGAGACGAGCAAAUCAGCAUUAAGUUCGGAAGUCAGGUUUUGUCGAACACCAUGCAAGAGGAGGUGAAAGCGGAGGUGUGUUCCGGGCUCCCGCGAGACGGAACCGACGACGUGUGGGACGCCAUGGAAGAGCUACGGCGGUUGUGGGACGCGGAUCCUGCGGUUUCGGUCCCGCCUGCGGCCUCCAGCGACCCAUCGCCGGGUCGUUUACCUGAUGACCGGCUCCAAGAACCGUUCCGAGAGCAGAUCUGUUCCAAAGAUCCGGAAGUUUUGAUUCAUGAACCGGAUUAUGACCGCGAGAGGAGUUCAAAAGUUUUUCCAGACGCGUUUUAUCUCUGGAGCAAUUUCUCAAAGGAACUAUACCCAGGGCGCCCAUCAUUAUCGCACGAAAGUCCGGCUUCUUGCCCGACCUCGCCCUGGCAUCGGUUCAGGCUCGCGUCCAGCCUCUACAAACCCAAGACCGACUACAGCUUCCCCGUGUUCGGCGUCGCCACCUUCCAGCUCAACGUCUCCAUUUGCAGAAAGUCCUUCACUGACAGAAAACAACAAUAUCACGAACACACGAACAGGUCUAAGUACAGUCCGGGUCGAGAACGGGGACAGUUUGAACGAAAUGAAAUCGGAGAGUCGAGGUACGUGGUCGUGGAUGUAACGUCCUUGUUGAAACAGUGGCUCGUGACCGUGGAUACUUGGGAGAGAAGACGGGCCAAGCUGUCGCUGGUGAUGUUUACGCAUUCUCACGCCAGAACCGCGAGGUCCCGCUCCGGCGAUAAAGUCCAACGCGGCUCCGAUGCCCUCAACGCAUGGAAAAAUAUCUCCGAGGGAACUCAACCUCUUCCAAAUAAGGAAGGAGAAGGCAAGAGAACCGAGAGAAGAAGAAGAAGAGGGGGAGGAGGAGGAGGAGGAGGAGGAGGAGGAGAAGGAGGCGAUGAAGAAGAGGCGGAGGCCCCUCAGGAGACAUUAACCAAAGCCUCACUCGACUGCCUCCUCCGCCUCCAACCGCCUAGAAUGUCCCUCAACUAUUGGAUGGACGGUAAGUGGCCUCGUUAAUGCUCGUUUUCGUCAUAUCACCAGCUUCUUCACGGGAGGCGCAGAGAGGGGAAACUUGGCUAAGGGGAGGGGCGAGUGGAGUGACACGCGGUAAUGGGGAAGGGCAAGGGGAGUGAUACGUGAUCCUAGGGAGGGCACAGGGGACAGGGAGGAACAUUAAUGAUGGGAGAUAAAAGGUGUGAGAGCUGGCUGAAGGGAAAAAGCAUGUGACAAACACCCGUAUCAGAGGAAGGAUGGAUCUUGGGCUUCACAGGGAGGAAUUGAUUCAGUAUUUACUUUCAGUAAGAAUGUAAUAUUACUAGAUGAUCAAUAAAGAAAGAAAAGAAAGAAAGGAAGAAAAAAAAGAAAAAAGAAAAAGAAAAAAGAAAUAUAUAUGAAAAUGCAGCGAAUGGAUUACAAAACAUAAGCACCCACUAACCCGCACACACACACGCACACACACACACACAUACACACUCACACACACACACACACACACACACACAAACAAACGUACACAUACACAAUCAAAAACCUAAAAAAAAAAUGCAAAGAAAAGAAAGGAAAAGAAAAGAAAAAUAACAACAACAACUGACGACAGAUUGAGAAAGAUAUGACUCCGAAGAUUACCCUAGCCAUCCCCCCCCCCCCCCCGAGACAAAAGACCCCCUGAAUAUUAACGAAAAUAAUCAAUAUUCUUAGAGGCUCAAGUACAGUAGUGGUACUGUG